AUGGCGUGUGUGAGGCAAAGGUAUUGGAUUCCCCAGGGCAGACACUUGCUUGAUAGAAUCAUACGACGCUGUGUAGUGUGCCGACGGAACAACUGGAGAAGUCGGCAUCAAAGGCAAGCUGACUUACCAAUAGAUCGUGUCACUCCUGGAAAGGCUCCAUUUGCUUACACUGGAACGGACUGUUUUGGUCCAUUCAUUAUCAAGGUAGGGAGGAAACAGGUUAAGCGCUGGGGAUGUCUGUUUACAUGUCUAACUAUUAGGGCUGUUCAUCUAGAAGUCUUGGCCUCAUUAGACGCAGAUGCCUUCCUCAACGCAAUAACAAGGUUCUCACGACGCAGAGGUACACCAGAGCGUAUUAGGUCGGAUAAUGGGACAAACAUGGUACGGGCAGCCAAAGAGCUCAAACUGGAAGUGAAAAGUUGGGAGCAAGAUGACAGACUCAGAGGUGCCUUACUGAAAGCAGAUAUUGACUGGGUCUUCAAUCCACCAGCUGCCCCAUACAUGGGGGGAGUAUGGGAAAGGCAGAUUCGCACAGUAAAGAAGGUUCUGCAGGCGAUUGUGGGCUCACAAGUUUUAGACGAUGAACGUCUGCAAACACUGUUCUGUGAAGUGGAAGCCAUAGUUAACGAGAGGCCAAUCACCCCGGUUCCAAACACUCCAAAUGAACCAAAGGCUCUCACUCCUGCUGAUCUUUUGCACUUAAGUCAAAAGGGUAAUCUUCCCUUAGGUGGAAGGUCAAUAGGCGAAUCAUACCACAGAAGGUGGAAGCAUGUCCAGUACCUUGCAGAUCAAUUUUGGAAGCGCUGGUUGACGGAGUACCUCCCUCAACUCAGAACUCGACAAGUACAUUUCAGACCACGGCGCAACUUUCGCCCUGGUGACCUAAUCAUUAUAGCAGAAGCAAAUAGUCCACGCAAUAAAUGGCACCUUGGUCGAGUGAUGGAAGUCAAGGCUGGCGAGGAUGGACUUGUUCGACAGGCAGUGGUUAAGACGACGACGUCCACAAUGUUGCGACCUAUGACAAAUUUAUGCUUGUUGGAGGGAGCAAUGGAAAGGGUUGACGGAGUCGGCCAGGAGAAUGAAUUGGGUAUCCACACAUGA